CAUGUUCUUCCCUCUCCUGUUCAAAUCACUAGCCGUUGAGCUUUCCUUGAUGGGGAGCUCCCUCCGUCGCAAUAAAUCUCCACGAGGAUCUCAAUGGAUCAGCAGAAAAUCUAACAGAAAAUUCAGUAAUAGAUUUUGGGGGGGAUCUACUGGUCAAUCUAAGAAGGGCCGACAACGUGAGCCGCCAUGUCGAAUCCAACUCGAUGCGCGGCGUGUCGGUAUCUGAGGAGGAGAUGCUGUGAGGACUGCGCGUUGGCGCCUUACUUCCCCUCCGCCAACCCCCAUAGAUUUGCCUGCGUUCACAGAAUCUUUGGGGCCAGCAACGUCGCUCGAAUGCUGCAGCAAAUUCCAGUGGAGCACAGAAGACAAGCCGCAGAUGCCAUUGCGAUGGAGGCCUACUGGCGUGUGCAGGAUCCGGUUUAUGGGAGUGUUGGGUUCAUCUCAAUGUUGCAGAGGGAGAUUAGUGUCGUUCAACGUGAGCUAGCUGAGACACAAGCUCAGAUCACCAUGUACGCCUCCCAAGCACAGUCCCAACCCAAUCAAAUAGCUGCGGCCCAAUGCUUGGUGGAGGACGGGCAUUUGGUUCCAAGUCAACCGCCGUUCCCUGGUCUCUACCAGCGAGAUGACAUCUCACAGGAGACCCUGCGAAGGCAUUUUUAA